CAACAGUAGAUAGUGGUGAAGAACCUGGCGUGACAUGGGGGAGACAAGUGUCUCCAUCUCCUAUAGCCGCUAUCUACAACUCUUAUAGUUUCUAGUGUGAGCACCUGAUCUGCCUUUGUGGUCCUCUGGAGAAAAUGGAAGUCCAAAUCUUUGUCCCCUAUUCCUGCUUGUGGAUGUAGCUGUUGCCUCUCUGCAACUAGUUGGCACCAAGGAUCUUCAUGCAGCUUUCAUUUUGGGGGGUGCCCUUUGUCUUUGAGGUUUUGACAAGCACCCUGUUAACCUGGAAAAAGCAAAACUCAUCUUCAUCAUACCUGAAAAAUGGAGACCCCCACUGAAAGCAAACCUCUUGAUGAAUUGGUGCCAACUGAACACCCAAACUCCCAAACCUCAAAUGAACAUGUUGAAGAGGUCAAACCCCACGGGCUUAAUGGGAAAGUUGAAGAAAGCCUCAUGGCUCAAGGGCCAAAUGGAGAUGCUGGAGAGGACAAAUCCCUCAGUCCAAAUGGAGAGACCGAAUCCAUCAGAUCCCGAAGCUCAAGUAUACGCAUCGAAGUAAGUAAACCAGAAGAAGAACAUGAGCAGGUUAAAGAAGUUAGCAGCAAAAUCCAAGACCUAAAUGAGCAGUUAGAAGAAUCCAUACCUGAAGAGAUAAAUGUACAGGUUGAAGAGAGUAUACUACAUGAGUUUAAUGAGCAAGACAAGGAUGAUAUACCCCAAGAUUUAAAAGAGGUGCCAGAAGAACACAUUAAGACUCCAGAGGAGCAGCUCCCUGGGAAGAUAUCUACUCAGCCUUCCUUUUCUAAUUCAGAUAACAUUACCGUGACAGAAUGGCAGAAAGACCUUAUUAACUCUCCUUUCCCUGAAGCCAAGGUGGAUGGCUUACUUAGCAGAACUCCAUCCAAGAAGAUUGAAGAGACCGAACCCCAAGACCUAAAGGAGAAAACAGAGGAACAGAUGGAAAAUUUGACGGAUAUUUACGCGGACAAGUUCGAAAGUAGGUCUUCUCUAUACCUCCCUGUCCAGUCACGGAAGAAGAAAAGACGGAAAGCAUGCAACACUGAGCCCAGGAUAUUCUCCAAAACUUACAGAAAUUUACGGAUGCCUCCGAAAACAUCACUCCUCACCCGAACAGCAAAACCCAAGACUGUUGACAAAGCAAUCCAGUGUAAUAAGUUGCUCAUGCCACGCCUGCCACUGCCUGGAACAAUACCACCUCCAAGAAGCUUGAUUCAAAAAGCGAAGCCUAUAUUCACCGAAGAUAAAACAACCGAGAUUUCCCCCUCCUUUGAGAGGCUUCGUAGGAGCACGCCUCCUUGGAUUAUUAAGAGAAGAACAGAGGACAACAUAAUUUCCCGGGUCUCUCCAAGGAAGACCAGCCCAUCCAGCUUGCCCCAAAAGAGCAGAUGCCAUUACAAAAAGGUAGCGACAGCCAGCACUGUCUCGCCACCAUUCUCUACAAAAGGAAAAAGAGAACAGAAGCCCAAUGUUACCUACAAUCUCUACAUAAACGUCUCUGAUGAUAACUGGAAAGGACUUGGUCCAGGAUCCUUGAAGGGAUCUUGCUGGGAAGGAAAUGCAUGUUCAGGUCUUGCUAAGGCCUGCAGUGUUUUCAGCAACAUCAAAUAUGGAAGAAUUCAUGUUAGCAAACUCCGUCCAGCCCUUCACACACUAGAGGUCCUGGUGACCAGUGAUGAGAUGCAUCAGACUCUCACGUCGGUCAAUGUGGAUGAAUUUGGGACUCUCAAUUUUUUUGAGUUCUUGGAAGCAGUGAAUAGAACUUCACCAUUUGCUGAAAUAGAUGCUUUUCAGAACACACUUCGGGCAUUCAGGCAAGUAAAGACUGGUACAGUAGCUGUCGGUGAAUUGAGGUCAGUCCUGACAGACUUGGAGGUCUAUAUGAGUCCUGAAGAAAUACAACAGGCACUGGACCGCAUUCAUCUUGACAAGAAUAAGAAGGUGAACCUUUCAGAAUUCCUGUUGGCUGCACGAGACCUGCAGACAAGUCUUGGAGACGAAGAUCUUGAAGAUGAAUGUUCCUUUAUGCAAAGGAAGCCUUUCCACGAUGUGGCCGGGCUUAUCAAUGUUGACACGAGAUGGAGGAAAAACUACCAAAGUUAUUUCGAUGAGGACGCAUCGAGCACUGCGUCGCUCUUUCCCUUCUUGGCACUGCCAGGUUCAGAUGAAAAUAUCACUCAACCACAGAAAAGUGAAUCUAAGAAGCUGGAGAAUGGCAUCACAGACAUGAAAAAGUCACAGUCAGACAUCCGUCGCCAAAGCAGCAAAAGUAAAAUAGAAGGGAGAAAGGAAAGCCAGGUCAUUACAGAGAGAUCAAACUCUCAGUUGGAUGUUAUUGAAGAGAAACACGAAACGGAAGAUGUCACAGAGGUGCAAAAAUCACAAUCGAAAGUGGAUCCCUCCAGCCAAGACAACUAACACCCACAAGACAUUUUUCUUUCCAGCUGAAAUAACUGCUUGUGAGGUUUUCUAACUAUAAUUUAUCCCAACUAGCUAUAGUUGCUCCCCUCUGUCUAGUACAGAUGAAUCCCUGCGUAUUUCUCAUUGCUCCCCCAGCAACAUACCACCAACCUGCACUGUUUUUUCUUAUACUGAUUAUCAGCUGGGGCAUCUUCCCCAAAUGGGAAAUACUAAGAGAUGGGGUCAUUUCUUCCAGAAGCUGAAACUGGAGUCACUGUAGAAGAGGAAAAUGAUACUGUUUUGGGGUAGAUUUUGGCUCAUUGCAAAGGACUCAUUGGCAGACUUGAUUAAAAUCCGACAGACCUGUGUGCUUACAAAAUG